AAAUGCACUAAUUAUGCGCGAAAAACGGGUUUUAGAAGCCGAGAACGCAAGCCCUAGUUUAGAUCAAGAAAAGCAACUUUCUGCAGCUGACCAGAAGCUUUUACAUAGUUUUGUUAAUACUAUGAAAAAGCUUCGCAACAAUCUCUGUGGUGUAUGCAAUGAACAAUUUCCAUCUAUUGAAAUUGUUAAAGGGAAAUGCAGGCGCUGUUACAAUAAAAAAAACACACCAAAAAAAUUUUCUGCUAAGAACAAUAUGGACCCAGAGCUAUUAGAAAACAAUGAAAGCGAUGAAAAUGACGAUUUUAUCUCACAAACCUUUGUUCCUGCAUUGCCUCCUGGAAAUAGCGAGAAUAAUGCAAUCUGUAACACUCUGAAUCGUCUACAAAAUAAUUGCCCACCAAAUGAAAAUUUAAUAAUUAACUGGCCCCAUAUUGAUAGUACACCCAUUGAUGAGUUUCACACAGUAGAAUAUAUGGCACGUGCAUUCCCUACGCUUUUUCCUUGUGGUGUCGCUGAUCUACAUGCUCAUCUAGUAAGAGAAGUAAAGCCGGCUGAAUACUUUCAAUAUCUUCUAAAGUACAAAGAUGCAUUGGCAGAGGGACGUAUAUAUGUUAAGCAAAAUUUAGAGGAAGGGCAGCUUACUGUAGCUAAAAUUCAGGAAUUACUACAGAGUGAUACUCACAUGGCAGAUAGAGUAGUGAG